CUUCUUUAGGUUAUCUCCUUGGUAUCACGUUGAAGUAGCUACCAUUCGAGUCCCUCUAUGAUUACCGCUAAUUACCUUUUUCUGUCAGUAGUACAAUGCAAACUCAAUACAAAGCGGACUGGGUGUACUCCCACAGGCAUGUUUCCUUACAGGUGAAGGUGUUGAGGUAAACCAGUUUUUUUUGGCCCUCCUGGGUAGGGCAUUUGAGGAGGGAGCGGUUUGGCUGAUAGCAGUUUCCUUUGAACAGAAAUGAGGGUAGUCGUGUACCGGUUUGAAAGUCCUCUUUUCAUCUGACCUGCUUUCCCAUGGUGUCGCCUGUCUCGGAUUCAGUCAAAGGACAAGGAAACGUACUCCUCGUCACCACCGGCAUUUCAAAAUCUUUUCCCUGUGGGUGAAAAUUCUCAUGCAUUUUCAGCAAGUUUUAAUGCUUUUUAGAGGAAUAAAAUUACCUUUUUAAGGAAGAGAAAGUUGUAUUAGGAUGUUUCAGAUGAUCCGUGAGUGGUUCUGGUGGGACCGUAUUUGGCUCCCUGUGAAUCUGACAUGGUCUGACCUGGAGGAUAAAGAGGGCCGUGUCUAUGCCAAAGUUUCUGAUCUAUAUGUCACUAGUCUGUACUCCAUGGUAUUCCUCAUUAUGAGAUACCUGUUUGAAAGGCUCUUAGCCACACCUCUCGCAGCCUACUGUGGAAUUAAGGACAAAGUCCAGCAGAGAGCUGCGCACAAUCCUGUUUUAGAGAGAUAUUUCCGCAAUCACUUGCGAAACCCUACUCAGUCAGAUAUAGAUGGGCUGUCAAAGAAAUGCAGCUGGACAAGGAGGCAGGUGGAACGCUGGUUUCGGAGGCGACGCAACCAAGACAGACCUGGCUUACAAAAGAAGUUCAGAGAGGCCUGUUGGAGAUUUGUCUUUUAUCUGUCAGCAUUCAUUGGAGGAUUAAUAGCUCUUUAUGAUAAACCUUGGCUUUACGAUACUCGUGAAGUUUGGACUGGCUUUCCAAAACAGUCAAUGCUCCACUCACAAUAUUGGUAUUACAUUGUGGAGAUGAGUUUCUAUUGGUCACUACUUUUCAGUGUCGCAUUUGACAUCAAAAGAAAGGACUUUAAAGAACAAAUCAUCCACCAUUUUGCAACCUUGAUUCUUCUUGCCUUUUCAUGGUGUGCCAACUACAUCCGUAUUGGAACCCUGGUUAUGAUCAUUCAUGAUGCCUCAGAUGUUUUGCUUGAGUCUGCAAAAUUAUUUAACUAUGCCAAAUGGGAGAAGACUUGCAACAUCAUCUUCAUUCUAUUUGCUGUUGUGUUCAUGGUUACUAGGCUGAUAAUCUUUCCUUUUUGGCUCAUCCACUGUACAUGGGUCUACCCGGUUGUCAGCUACCCCCCUUUCUUUGGAUAUUACUUCUUCAAUGUAAUGCUGCUUCUCCUGCAGCUCUUGCAUAUAUUCUGGGCAUGCUUGAUACUAAGAAUGUUGAAGAAGUUCCUCUUUGGUAAUCUGACCCGUGAUGAGAGAAGUGACAACGAGGAAGACGAAGCUGAGAGCAACUCCACUGAGGAGGAUGGGGGGCAUCCAAAACUGAAAAAUGGCUCAAGAGCAGGAGAACCAGACACCCGUCACUGACACUGGUGACCCUGAGUCCCCUCUUUAGCCUGCCAGUGACCAAGGCUCUAGAGUGAGCCAGCACAACUCGCUGGACAACACAAGCAGCAUUUGCCCAAAAGGAAGUAUCUAUGAUGGAAAAAGAAUAACAAGAAAGCAGCACAUGCAAACAAAAAAUGUUUGAUUUAUUACUGUUGGACCUAGCCAAAAAGUGCUUCCCUCAUUAGGAUAUCAAUGCUUGGAACAAUGUGCGUGCUACACACAAACACAGACAUACAUGCACAUUCACAUUCACUUGAGCAACAAGCGAUUGCGCACCACAAUGUUAAAGGAGUUCACUGGGCUCACUGAAGUCAAUACUUUCCCAAUUCAGCCUUUUUUAAAGAACAGCACUGAUGAUGGCAGAUCACCACACAAAGCCGUCUUCCACAGAGCCGUAAGAGAGAACAAAAGCGCAGGCUGCUGUUCCUCUUCAUCACAUCCCAUUUGCUCCUCAGUUUUGGGGAAAAACACACACAAAAAAAUAAACACAUACAAAGAGAAACCACAAAGACGGUGCAUCUCAGCCAUCGUUAUCACUGCAGCGCUUCAUCCAUCACGGCUAGGUUUCUGCGGCUGCGCCGGCUGUUGCCAUGCUUUAUAUCAACUUCUGCCGGCUGGAGCAGAAUGUUUAUGGACCCAGGCUGAGGACAUAUUACAGCGGGUUCUCAAGCUGGGCUUAAAAAAAGAAUAAAAGAAGAACCUAAAUUUUAUGAAAGAACGGACAGAACAACUCCCCCAGGAAUUACGUCUUCAACAUGCAAAGUCAUGGACCUUGCUUGUUUUUCUGUGGAACAUUCCGGGCCCACAAGCGCUCUGUUAAACACAUUACAGUAUUAUGCAAUCCAUCUUUCCACGGCUGAUACUUUUGUACGUGACCCUGUGGUACAGUAGGUGUGUGUACCCAAAGCCAGGGAGAAGGGGGAUAUUGGUGACUGAGGAGGAAAUCGUUUGAGCUCUGCUUCAUUCUUUUUUUUGCUCAAGAAAAAUUCUUUCAUGAAGUGGUGUGGAUAUUGAUAAUGUUUUUCCCUCGUGCCUGACAACACAAUUUAACUUUUUCGGAAAGAAGGUGAUGUGUACUUUUCAUUUCAACUGCAAAUUGCUUUCGGGAACAAGGGAGAUGUUGACAACAUGACAUAGUCAAUGAGCAAAAAGGACAAGAGGCGAUUAUUAUGGUGAAUUGUACUAUUUUAUGAAACAUUUUAUUUUUAUUGAGCACUGGUUUGAAUACACAAAGUCAAAAUAUGAUGCACAAAUUGGGCAAAUAGGUUUAUUCAGGUCUCUUAAUGGGUAAAAUUAACAUGAUUUCAAGUUUAUAGCAAAGUACAUUACAGAUGGAUGAAGUCCAGGUCACUGCAUUAGAGAAAUUUAAAAAUUGGAGUUUGAACAUUGACACACAUCUAGUUUACUAGGAAUAACUAUGCACAUAUUGUGGCAUUAGUUAGAAUUUAUGAGUGGAAUAGCCAUUUUAUCAAUGAGUACUCAUUCAAAGACAUUUGACUAAACUGUACCGCUAUGAGAUUCUAAUCAUGUUUGUUUUAUGGUUUCAUUGUGGCACUACACUGGACAAAUUCUCAAUCUUGUAGGAAAACCUCUAUGUAAAAGUCAUUCUGAUGGUUAUACAUCUAAUCAGCAAAUAUUCCAUGCCGCUAGUUUUUAAAUAUUUGAUUCUGUCACUUUAUUUCCCUAAGAGUGAUUAUUCUCACGGCUAUGUGGAUUAUGAAGGAAAAUGGGCCAGUUUUAAAUGCAGCAUAGGGACGCCAGUCUAUGCUUUAAAGAGGAAUUAUGAAAAAAAUCAAAGAAGCUUGAAACAAUAUUGUAAUCUGAAUUUUAGUGUAUCUGAGUUUUUAUUAAAGUCUUAAAUUGUUAAAUAUAUUGUUUCAGGUUGUUUUAUGGAGUAUAAUAUUUCAAUGAUGUAAAGGGUGUAAUAAAUGUUAAGCUCAGUUUUCAGUGAACCAGACAAGGGAAAUCUCCUGUUCUCAGCUGUAAAAAAUAUUUUACAGAAAAAAAAAAGACUAUUAAAAUGGAGCUCUUUAAAUAUUUGAACGCAAUCCAGUGACAUCUCCUUCCUAAUGCUAUCUCAGGGUUCUGUGUUCUUCAAAGUGUAGUUGUUAGAGGACUUAACAAAUAAGCAGAAUGCUUAAGGUUUGAAUCAGGUGGAGCCAUGGUACUGUACUUGACAACCAGUAUUUUUUUCACAGGUUUGUGUCCCCAUCUGUAUAAAUGUAUAACACUGUAUGUCACUGAAUUUGUGCAUUGCCUUAGUUAAAGGUGUCUGAUUGAUUCUGAAUUAAACUUUCACCCUAAAUGUUCACCCUU